AUGGAGAAACGCAAGUCGUUGCGGACGACGCUAGGGUUUUGGCAUCCAUCUAGCAAGGAGAUUAAUUUGGAGGGAGAGAAAAAGGGGAUUUUGAAUGGCGCCAAGGUUUUCUCUGAAAGCGAAGGGAAAGAGUUCAAAAGGAUCGAAGGAAUCGGAAGAUCGAUCCGCGAGCGAGUGCAUGAAGGAAUGGAUCUCAUGGACGAUGAAAAAAGCGAAGGUAAUCACUCACUAUGGUUUCAUCCCGUUGGUUAUCAUCAUCGGGGAGUGAAAUGUGAUUAUGGGUUGCGUUGUUUUCUAUGUUCAACUGUUAUGAUGUCGUGUUUAAGUUUGGAUGAACUGCUUGUGGAAAAUUAUUGUGUUCUGUGCAUUAGGAUAUUGAAUUUUGCAGUUCUGUUCGGUGAGUAA